UCUGCGCUGAAAUAAAGAGGCAGCCCAGUGGAGAGCGCACAACAGCGGGGCGGAGAGGCGUCCCAACACCGCAGCGCAGCGCACCACCGCUCAGCCUCCUCCGAGCGACCACCGCAGGGAUCCGCGUGCGUGAAGCAACAUGCUGCCGCUCCUUCUGGCUCACUGACUGCUCAAGACCUCAGCGCUGUAAAGGGACAGUUAAAAAAUCAGCUUUUAUUGUUGGAUUCCGUGUCGCAGCCAUGGGUAGCAAGACUCUGCCUGCCCCAGUCCCUCUCCACCCGUCCCUCCAUCUGGCUAACUACGCCCUCCUCCAGACCUCCACAGGCCUCCAGCUACCAGCAGACCAUUUUCAAAGUAUCUACUGCUUCAGUGCCCUACAUGCCAUCCACCUCCACCAGUGGACCCUGGGCUACCCACCUUUGGCCGUGCCCCGCUGCGCCAUCUCCAAGCUGCCUCCCCAGUUUCCUUCCGUGGCCUCCCUCCCCAUGUUUCCUCACUUACUGCAAGCCAAGCAUCACUCAGCGGGACUGCUGCAGAUCUCCAAGAACAAGCCCCGCUUUGACUUUGCCAACCUGGCAGCUGCAGCCACCCAGGAGGACCAUCUGAAGGCCGAAGACCUGAGCAUGACGGGUACAGCGGCUGCUGCAGCGGCACAGGCUUCGUCUCACCACUCGACUCCAGCAGGCCUCGGAUCCCUUCUGGAUGUUAACAAAAUCUCUUCCCCAAAGUCCAGCAGAGGCCGAUUGCCCUCCAAGACAAAGAAAGAGUUUGUCUGCAAGUUCUGUGGCCGCCAUUUUACCAAAUCCUACAACCUCUUGAUCCACGAGAGAACGCACACGGAUGAGAGGCCAUAUACCUGUGAUAUCUGCCACAAGGCCUUUAGGAGACAGGACCAUCUUCGGGACCACAGGUACAUUCAUUCCAAAGAAAAGCCCUUCAAAUGUCAGGAGUGUGGGAAGGGCUUCUGUCAGUCCAGGACUCUGGCUGUCCAUAAAACAUUACACAUGCAGGUCAAGGAACUAAAGCCAGCCAAGAUCAAGUGAUUCACUUUGCCAGCACGGACAGGGACACUGGAACAACUCAACCAAAGACAACAGCAGUGAAAGAAGAACCAAAGACAUUCAUCUCAGCUGCUAGAAGCAGAGCGCUCUGCUUCUGUGGGAAUACUCCUCGAAGAGGAACUAUUUUACCAGCUAGUGCUUAAAGGAAGCAUGCAGAAAUACUGUAAGCCUAAAUGGAGAAGUGGAUGCUUAGUUAUCAAAGCUUGCCUUGGAUAUGAAUGUGUGAAAUUUUAAAUGAAAAAAUAUAUACUUUUGGCUGCUCAGUACGUUGCUCAGAUGCCUACAAUCCAAAAACGUUAUAAAAGGGACACAACCAUAAUGGAAAUACAUUUAAACUGAGAAUGUUAAAGCCAUGUUAAUUCAUUUUCCUCCUUUUCAAUAACACCCCUAUGUUAUUAUUGUACAGAUGCAUUAUAUCAAAAACGUAUUUUUGCACUUUAACCUGACAAUUGAUUAUUUACAUAUAUCACUGGAUUUCUAAAACUUAUUUUAAAAAUGAAUAAUCGUUUCUAAAUAAACUAUUUUUACUGUAA